UGCGUCUUUUUGUCUUUCUUCUUUCCCCAUCUAGUAGCAUCAAAUUCUUUCAGCAGACGACUGGUCGCCUGCAAGAGCGAUCUGCUCCGCUGCCACCAUGUCAACCAGACAACCCUCUCGCGUCGUGUUCGUGGGGAACAUCCCAUAUGGCUUGACCGAGGAGCAAAUCACAGAGAUCUUCAGCGGUGCCGGGAGAGUGCUGAACUUCCGGCUCGUCUACGAUCGCGAAACUGGUCGGCCAAAAGGCUUCGGCUUCGCUGAGUUUCCCGAUUACGACUCUGCGGCCUCGGCGGUCAGAAAUCUGAACGACUACGAGAUCAUGGGUCGCAAACUGCGAGUCGACUUUAGCAACGAGACGGUCAGCGACGACGACAACCGCGACCGGGAUGGCGCAGCCGGCGCCGGCGGCAUCAACUAUUCCAACAACCCCGGCGCGACCAACGGCAGCGGGUCCUCGGCCUCGAACCCGUCCGCUACUUCGGGCGGCAGCUCCUCCCUGCCCCCGCUCCCGCAGGGUAAGGACCUGCCGCCCGGCGUCUCGUGCACCGACGCCAUCUCGCGCACCCUCAACACGCUCCCCCCCGCGCAGCUGCUCGACAUCCUGCAGCAGAUGAAGGCCCUCGCCACCUCGGACCCGGCCCGCGCCACCGAGCUGCUCACCCAGGCGCCCCAGCUCAGCUACGCCGUCUUCCAGGCCCUGCUCAUCAUGGGGCUCGUCUCCCCGGACGCCAUCACCUCGGUCCUCGAGACGGGCGCCGCCGCUCCUACUCAGGCGCCCGCGCCCGCGCCCGCCUCCGCCCCCGCGGCUACUAUCCCCGCCCCGGCCGCCUACGGAACCGUCGGCGCCACCGGGACGCCCCCCGUUCCGGGCGGCUACGCCCCCCCUCCCGCUGCUCCUGCCCCCGCCCCGGGCCCCGCGGCUCAGGACCCGGAGGCCCUCAUGCGGGCUGUCAUGGAGCUGCCGCAGGAGACCAUCGACCAGCUGCCCGAGACGGAGCGGCAGCAGAUCAUGGCGCUCAGGACGAGCUACGCCGCCCAGAUGCGCCGUUAGCCGCGUUCCUUCUUUUUUUCCCUUAUGGGAUUCGGCUGCGGUGCGUAUCGGGCCUCUUCUUUGCUGCUGCUGCUGCUGCGGUGGGACUUUUUAAAGAAACAAAAAGGAAGAGAAAAGGGAGGGAAGGAGGGAACGUUGAGUUCCGUGAGCUCAGAAAAAAAGGGGGGGGGCUUGUGGCCUCGGGUGGUUUGCCGGUUGCGUGGCUGGUUAAAUUUAGGGUGCCUUCCUUCGUUUCCUCUUUGGUGGAUUGUCAUCCUCUCUCCUGGCGUUAUGGAAAGGUUUAGGGAUUCAAUUAAAGAGUAAUGCUGAGGUGCAAUACACGCAUAUACAUGCAAUAUCGUAAUGUGUGAGUGAGUCUCAGCUCGGUAAUGAACAGGGCAAGGGAAUUGCUAUGCUACGACUCGACAUUCAUCGGUCAUUGACAGGUUCUAAUCGCCCCGAGUGUUGACAAAACCACUAUCCCAUUAUUCUCCUGACACCAGUACGAAUGCAGCUUUCCCCACCCCCUUCGCCC